AUGGGCUCCAUCCGUUCCUCCGCGUCAAGGGGGCCACGCCCGCAGGCGAGUGGGGAAAUCCUGGCGCCGCCGCAAGAGAAGGAUCCCCAGGAAAGUCCCAUGUUGCCUAUUCACGAGAGAAAGACUCAUUCUCAUCGCUAUGUCCUGGGCCUUUUUCGCGUCGACAGUGCCGGCGAGAGCGGCCGCAAGGGAUUUCAUCCCCUCCACUUUCUUCGAGUAUGCUUCAGGAGUGUCUGUAGAGCUUCAAUGAUGGUGAACAUCCUUUGGCCCUUUGUCCCGGUGGCGAUCGUGAUGCACUUUGCGCGUCCUGAUCUUCACGUCUGGGUCUUUACCCUCAACUACAUCGCCAUGGUGCCUUCCGCGAACUUGCUCGGGUUCGCAGGUGGAGAGCUGGCUAAGAAGCUACCCAAAGUCCUCGGUGUCUUACUGGAAACGAUGUUAAGCGCUGUGGUAGAAAUUGUGCUCUUCAUGGUCUUACUUCACAACUCCUCCGCUGAGCAAGACCUAAUACCCGUCAUUCAAGCUGCCAUUCUGGGCUCCAUCUUGGCCAAUUUGCUUCUUUGCCUGGGGACUUGUUUCUUUGUUGGAGGUCUCAGGCGGAAUGAGCAAGUGUUUCACGAGGCGGUCAGUGAGGUUGGAACCGGACUGUUGCUGGUCGCAGGUUUCGGGUUGUUAAUCCCAAGCGCUUUCUACACUGCGUUAAAAGGCGCUGUCAAUACCGAGUUUACUCUACACCAAUUGGAACAGGAUGCGCUGACCAUUAGCCGCGCAACUGCGGUUAUCCUUCUCGUUGCUUUCUUCGCAUAUCUCGUUUUCAACCUACAUAGUCACAACUCCAUUUUCGACGAGAUCUUUGAGUCGGACGAAGCGCAAGAUGAAGACCGAGAUCAGGAGCUCCUGAGGGCCAAACUCACGUUCUUUGAGUGCAUCGUGGCCAUUGUCAUCUCGCUGACCUGUGUCUGCAUGUCUGCCGUCUUCCUCGUGCAGGAGAUAGAGUACAUUGUGGCCCUGGGCGUCUCGGACAACUUCAUGGGCUUGAUUCUCGUCCCUUUAGUUGAAAAGGCUGCCGAGCACCUCACGGCUGUGGAUGAAGCCUGGGAUAACCAGAUCAAUUUUGCACUCUUCCAUUGCCUAGGUCCUUCGAUCCAAACAGCUCUUUUGAACGCCCCGCUCGCUGUCAUCGUGGGUUGGGGCCUGGACAAGGACAUGAGUCUCAAUUUCGAGAUUUUCAUGGUUGUUCUCCUGGUUCUAUCAAUCCUUGUCGUUGGAAACUUCCUGCGAGAUGGAAAGUCCAAUUACUUGGAGGGAGCCUUGUGUGUGCUCGUCUAUGUCAUCAUCGCCGUCACAUCCUGGUACUAUCCCGGAGUGGAACAGGCUUCGACCAACCAGUCAUAA